UCAUUCAUGCCCACUGUGCGAGUUGGUGCUAAAUAAAUAUUAGUAAGUAACACUAUUAAAACGGUAUUCAAACAAAAGCGGUAUAAAACGGUUAUUUUAUUUUAAAUAAUGAGGUUGGGAAGAACUUGUUUGUUGAUCUUAGGAUUUAGUUUGGCUAACGUGGUAAUAUCAGCAAUAGCCACCGAAGCUAACCAGAUCCGAUUUUUCUUUGGUUCCACCUCUCUAUCUUUUGCGACAUUUACAAUAAUUAAAGCAACUACCACGACCACUUCUACCUUUACAUCCGUAACAACAUGUACAACGUCUACGGCAACUCUGACUACUUGCACUAUUGGCCGUCGUCGACGUGGACUCUUUUACGACGACGCUACAGCUAAUGGUCGUAGUCGUAGAGCACUUUUCUAUAACGACGAUGAGACUGAGACAGGCAGCGACUUUCUUUCAAGUGAAAAAAAAAUAAAAAAUCCUCCAAUGGAGAAACCAAACACCUCCAUCGAAGAAUUGUCUUUAAUCCCAUUGGAAAUCGAACCUGGGUUUUCUGCACCAGAGGGAGGCCCUAAUAGAUUUCUUUUAGCAGCAGGUACAUCAACAAUUACAAGCAUAGUUAUUACUACUUCAACAAGCAGUCUGACAGCUAUUUGCAGUAGCACAACUGGAUUCCCGCUCUGUGGAAACACUGGAAAGAAAAUUAAUAUCGUUGAAAAAUUAACACAUAUUUUUUUAAAACAAUGAAUACCAUUCUCGGCUUCUUUGUUGGUCUCAAAUAUACAUUUUAAAAAACCUU